UUGCCUCAAAAUCAAGAAAACUGGCACGGUACGGAAAAGUUUUUGGAAGAAGUUGUCAAAAUUCUUCUUGAUUAUAUUAGAGAAGAAAACCAAAGAAGCACUAAAAUUCUGCAUUUCCAUCAUCCUGCCGAGAUGGAAAAGCUAAUAGAUCUCAGCAUUCCAGAUCAGCCUCGUACUUUGCGAGAGCUACUGCAGGAUUGCCAAGAAGUGCUUCAACUAGGUGUUCGUACUGGACAUCCUCGCUUCUUUAAUCAAAUAUCCUGUGGACUGGAUCUGGUAUCCAUGGCUGGAGAGUGGCUAACGGCUACAGCUAAUACCAAUAUGUUUACGUAUGAAAUCGCUCCAGUUUUCAUUUUAAUGGAAAAAGAAGUAAGCCAAAAAAUGAUAGAACUUAUUGGUUGGCAAGGAGGGGAUGCCAUUUUCGCUCCAGGUGGGGCUAUUUCAAAUUUAUACGCCAUGAAUGCUGCACGUCACGCACGUUUUCCUAGAUGCAAACCACUUGGGCAAGGUGAUAUACCAACUCUCUGCGCUUUUGCAUCAGAAGACAGUCAUUAUUCAAUAAAAGGAGCAGCAGCUAUUAUGGGUAUUGGAACAGAUAACUGCUUGAAUAUCCCGACAGAUCCUGCGGGACGCAUGAUUCCUGAAGCAUUAGAGCAAUGCAUUAUAAAAUCUAAAAGAGAUGGUUUGGAGCCGUUUUUCGUAUGCGCAACAGCGGGAACAACAGUUUACGGUGCGUGGGAUCCAAUUCCACAAAUAGCAGAUAUAUGUGAUCGUCAUAACUUAUGGCUUCACGUUGAUGCCGCUUGGGGUGGCGGAUUAUUGCUAUCUCCGGAGCAUCGCUACAAAUUAUGCGGCAUUGAAAGAGCGAAUUCGGUCACUUGGAAUGCUCACAAACUUAUGGGAGCUUUACUACAAUGCAGCACUUGUUUUAUCAGACAAGAGGGUCUUCUGUUUCAAACUAACCAAAUGUCAGCAGACUACUUGUUUCAACAAGAUAAACCUUAUGAUGUUAGUUUCGAUACUGGUGAUAAAGCGAUGCAGUGUGGUCGACACAAUGAUAUAUUCAAACUUUGGCUAAUGUGGCGGUCAAAAGGCAUGAAAGGAUAUCGCAGACAAAUUAAUCGUUUAAUGGACUUGACUGCAUAUUUUGUAGCUCGAAUUCGAGAAACUGAAGGCUAUGAAUUGGUUGUUGAUCCGCCUGAGUUUCUAAACAUUUGCUUCUGGUAUAUACCACCAAGUCUUCGGUGUAUGGACAAAGCUGAACGAAAUGCUCGAUUAGAAAAGAUAGCACCGAAAAUCAAAGCAAAAAUGAUGGAGCGAGGAACUACAAUGGUUGGAUAUCAGCCUGACAAGCAACGGCCUAACUUCUUUCGUAUGAUUAUUUCUAAUCAAGCAAUCACCAGAGAAGACUUGGAUUUUCUCAUUAAAGAAAUCGCAUUAAUUGGUAGUGAGCUUUAA